UUUUCUGAACUUUUUACAAAUGAAUAAAACUGAAAAGAUUCCCACCAUCCUGGAUUAUUUAUGUUUAACUUGACCCCAGAUUAUAGAAACAAUUAAGAUAAUUUCUCCUGCAUUCACUGGUGAUUAUUUCUUAUCAGUAUGACAGUGCUGAUUAGUGUAUUCCCCGGUGUGUAUUGGAUUACUAACAAAUCCAGGAUAUCUCGGUGUCGGCAGCUGUGGUAAGGACAUAAAAUCAGUACAUGUUGGUGAUGGCAUGAUAAGGGCGAAUGUUGUCAGUUUUAUUCAUUUGUUAAAACGUUCAGAACAAUGGCAGAAGGGCAAAAUAGACGAAUGCAUGUGCAAGAUGUCUUAGAACAAUUGUUUGAUGAUGAAAAUGUAUAUAAUUCUAGUUCCAGUUCUAGUGACACUGAUAAUUAUUUUGAUCAGUCAGAAAGUGAGCAGGAAUAUAUUGAGGAUUUAUUAAAUAAUGCAAAUUUAGUGCAAGAACUGUCUAUUGAACAGUCUGGAAAGGAUAUGAUUUUUGACAUUGACAGUCACAAUGGAUGGCAAAGAGAAGAUCAUGAGCCAUCUGUGAUGCCAUUCGAAGGAAGACCGGGUCUAAGAUGUGAUCUUCCUAACCACGCCACACCUAUGGACUUUUUUUACCUGCUUUUUGACGCAGGAAUGUGGGAUAUUCUUGUCAUAGAAACAAACAAAUAUGCACAAAGAAGAAUUGAAAAUGAAAAUCUGAAACCUUACAGUAGAUUGAACGAUUGGUGUGAUGUAACAGUUGAUGAAAUGAAGGUGUUCUUUGCACUUGUAAUGGCAAUGGGUCUUGUAAGGAAAUCCGAUAUUGCACAAUACUGGUCAACUAAGGAGUGUGUCAAUACUUCCUUUUUUGGAAAAUAUAUGACAAGGAACAGAUUCCAUCUGAUUCUAUCAAACCUUUAUAUUGUCGACAACAACCUUGCUGUUCCAGAAGGGCAACCCGGAUUCGACAAAUUGUUUAAAGUGCGGCCAUUCAUACAAAUGUUGCAUAAAAAUUUCCUUAAGUAUGAACCUGAAAGAGACAUUAGCUUUUACGAGGGACUCUGUCCAUUCAAGGGUAGAGCUCAUUUCCGUGUAUACAACCCUAUGAAGCCAAACCGAUUUGGAAUUAAAUUGUACCAAGUUUGUGAGGCUAAGUCUGGCUACACCAUUGGCUUUGAUGUAUAUCAUGGUGAUACAGAUGUCAUACAGUACGUAGAAGCACUUGAAGAUGAAGAUACACAAGGUUCAUACUCAGACCUUAGCACUACAACCAAAAUUGUCAUUGGCAUGUUAGCGUUUUGUGGUUUACUUUCAAAAGGACACCACAUCUAUAUGGAUAAUUACUAUACAUCGCCAGAGCUGAUGGAAGAACUGGACUUACUGAACACAUACGCUUGCGGCACACUUAGAAUAAACAGAAAGGGUGUUCCUAAAGCAAUUCAAUCUGUCAAAAAUCUUCGAAAAGGGGAAGCAAUCUUCAGACGUAGAGGGAACAUGUUAGUUCUAAAAUAUCAUGAUAAAAGAGAUGUCCAUAUGUUGACCACCAUUCAUACUGCCAAUUUAGCCGUUUUGGAAAGAGAAAAUCGCCAAACGCAUGAGCCAAUCACCAAACCUAUGCCAAUAGUGGAGUACUGCAAAAAGAUGGGAGGCGUUGACCUCUCGGAUCAAGUUGUGCAGUACUAUGAAGUUCUCCGGAAAUCUGUGAAAUGGUGGAGGAAGCUGUUUUUUCACAUGUUCAACUUAAUGAUCUUGAACAGCUUUAUCUUAUACAAGAAAUACUCAGAAGAUGAAAAGAAGAAGACACAUCAUGAUUUUCGAGCAGAAAUCAUAGCCUCACUCAUUCAGACUGCACCAAAUGCACCACGGCCAAAAUCUGGUGGGCGGCAAACACCUGAACCAAUAGAUAGACUGACUGGACGGCACUUCUUGUGUGCAAUUGAACCAAAGCCUGGGGCUAAAAAACAGGCUCCAACCCGACCAUGCAUAGUUUGUAAUGUGGACAGGGGAGAGGGAAGUAGGAAAAGGAAGGAGACAUCAUUUCAGUGCAAGCAAUGCCAUAAAGCACUUUGUGUUAGAAACUGUUUCGAGCGGUAUCACACGGUCAAAAACUAUCGUGCACAAAAUGACCAAUGAAGUGACCAUGGUGCAAAAUAAACAAUUAAUGUAGCACUUAUAGAUAUUUUAAGACUGUCUAAUACUAGUAUACAUAAAAUUAUGCUUAUAACAAAACAAAACAUAUGACUUGAUUGGUAUGUUUCUUCCCUGGAAAAGGUGCAAUGUUUACAAUCAGUAGUCUAGAUUAUAUUGUGAUAAACUGUAUUUUUUGUCAAAUAUUUCAGUUUUUACACACUAGUUACUAACAAUAUUGAGAUUAACAAAUUUGCACAAAAACAUGAUCUGACUCAUUCAGCUUUGUGAAAUAAACAGUUAUAUUUAUUAUUUGCUUAAUAAUUUUGGUACAUUUUUACAUUUCUUAUGAUAUUUGUAA